UCUGGCAUUUCUACUGUCAAUUGCGUCAAACCUACCAUCAAGUUGUGUUUACCCAUUAGAUAAAACUGGGCGUAAUUUGUUUUUUUCUAUUACCAACUUCCAGUUCAAUAUCUGAUGCAACAGCAAAUAUGAUCUGCCAGUGAGUGAAUGAAUUUAAACUUUAGCAGUCACGUCAGGUCUUAUAAUCAAAUCCGAAGUUAUGGCACGACAAAUGAGUCAAUCUGAGCGAAAGCUCGCCGAAAAACUGGUCAUUCUGAAUGAUAGAGGUCUUGGAAUGCUCACCAGAAUAUAUAACAUUAAAAAGGCGUGUGCAGACUCUAAAUCCAAGCCUGCGUUUUUAUCGGAUAAAAACUUGGAAUCUUCCAUCAAAAGCAUUGUGAGGAGAUUUCCCAAUUUGGACGCCAAGAGCCUCAUACCCAUCCAGGGUCUUCGCAAUGAAAUAAUCAAGUCUCUCUCAUUGUACUACUUGACUUUUGUGGAUUUGUUGGACUUUAAAGAUCAUGUUUGUGAGUUGCUGACUACCAUGGAUGCUUAUCAAGUAGAACUCGACAUUGCAAUAAACUUUGACCUUACUAAGAAUUACCUGGAUUUGGUUACAACGUACGUUGCUCUUAUGAUACUGCUCUCUAGAGUCGAAGACCGCAAAGCUGUGUUAGGUCUAUAUAAUGCCUCCUACGAAAGUGUAAACGGAUCGACAGAUGCCAAUUUUCCUCGUUUAGGGUCUAUGAUUAUGGAUUACGACCUUCCAUUUAAGAAGCUUUCUGAAGAGUUUGUUCCUCACUCGAAACUAUUGAGUCAAGCUAUAGCUUCGUUGGAAGCUAUUUAUAUUCCACGAAAUGUUACUGCUGAGAUUUGGCGAGAUGAACAGCAGAUCUUAAGCCUAGUGGGAAAUCCAUCAUUUUUGCUGAAACCUGUGAAUACAGACAAGAUGAGCUGCGAAUUUCUUUCAAUGGAGACCUUGGAGAGAUGGAUUGUUUUUGGCUUAAUGUUAAUUCAUUCAGUUCUCCUUGAUAGACAUGGAGACCACUUUCACAAGUUGCUUAUCAAUGCCUUAGAAAGCUUCUGGAUUUUACCAUUGUUCAGGGAUGAGGUUCUGUAUAUUCAUCAGUAUAUCUGGUCGUAUUUGGAUACAUUGAAAGGAUAUGGAAAGAAAAUAAGUGACAUAAAAGAUGCCUACCAGCAAGCAGUUCAAAAAGCUGCUCACACCCAUAGAGAAAGAAGAAAGUUUCUGCGUACCGCACUUAAGGAGAUGGGAUUAAUUUUUGUCGACCAGCCGGGAUUAUUGGGGCCAAAAGCUUUACUCGUCUUUAUGGGACUGGCCUACUCUCGAGAUGAAGUUUUGUGGCUUCUAAGACACAACGAGAACCCUCCGCAUCACAAAGCUAAAGGAAAAUUAACUGAAGAUCUUGUGGAUCGUCAUCUUCCUGAAUUGCUCUUCCACAUCGAAGACUUACGUGUGCUUGUCCGAAAAUACAGCCAAGUGAUGCAAAGAUAUUACGUACAGUAUCUAUCUCAUUGGGACGCAAUCGAAUUGAAACAACAAAUGCAAGCGUUGCAAAGUUGUCCGGAUGAUGAAGCAGUUAUUUUAUCCUCUUUAUGUAAUACCAUUUCCGGAUUGUCCGUUAAGCAAGUGGAAGAGAAUGAAACGUUCAAUUUUUUCGCCUUUAGAUUGGAUUGGUUGCGAUUGCAGGCCUAUACAUCCACGCAACAAUCGAAAUUGAGAUUAAUGGAAGUGAGAGGAUUAGGCCAGCUAAUGGAUAUGGUUCAAUUUCAUACGAAAAUGGUUGACAAUCUAGACGAGAUGUUACGUGAAACGUCGGAUCUGUCCAUAUUUUGCUUCUACAAUCGAGCAUUCGAAACUCAGUUUCACAUGUGUUUGGAAUUUCCAGCUCAAAAUCGUUAUAUUAUUGCGUUUCCAUCGAUUUGCAGUCACUUCCAACUGUGCACCCAUGAACUGUGCCCGGAAGAACGGCAUCACAUUAGAGAGCGAAGUUUGUCGGUUGUGAACAUGUUUUUAGACGAAAUGGCCAAAGAAGCCAAAAACAUACUCACCGCAAUCUGCGACGCACAUUGCAAGAUGAGCGACAAACUGUUACCAAAAAAUUGUGCUCAUUUAAUAUCGCUGCAAAUGAACAGGAAGAAAAAGGAAAAAAACAAAAAAAAUGCCGCAGAGUUUGAAAAACCUGGCAUGGAAAGUUACAGGAAAACUCGAGAAAAUUUAACAACCAUGGACAAAUUUCACAUGGCCAUAACAGAGCUGUGUUACGCCAUUAACUAUUUUUCCAACAUUAACGUAUGGGAGUAUACUUUUGCGCCUCGCGAAUAUUUGCAUCAACACUUGGAAAAUAGAUUUGCUAAAGCAUUAGUAGGAAUGGUGAUGUACAAUCCUGAUACUAAUGAAAUUGCCAAACCGUCGGAGCUGUUGGUUUCCGUUCGAUCUUACAUGGAUGUGUUGCAGACUGUUGAAAAUUAUGUACAUAUCGACAUAACUCGCGUUUUUAACAAUUGCCUAUUACAGCAGACUCAAACUAUGGAUAGUCAUGGAGAGAAUACUAUUGCAUCAAUUUAUACAGAAUGGUACUCUGAAGUACUACUUCGCAGAGUCACUACUGGCAGUAUAAUUUUCUCCAAGAACCAAAGAUCAUUUGUUAGCUUAACACUUGAAAGUACAAUCCCAUUCAAUCCUGAAGAGUUUUCCGAUGUUAAUGAAAUGAAGGCACUAGCCGAACUGAUUGGCCCUUACGGUAUGGGGCAGCUAAAUGAAAACUUAGUGUGGCUAAUUACGAACCAAGUUAUGGAACUUAGGAAGUUAGCAGAUAUGAACAAGAACGUGCUGCUGGUGUUGAGGACGAGUUUUGAUAAACCCGAAGUUAUGAAAGAGCACUGUAAAAGAUUAAUAAAUGCCGACAAUGUUUUACAGCGAAUGACUAUUGUGGGAGUGAUUUUGAGUUUUAGACAAUUGGCGCAGUCUAGUUUAACUGAUGUCUUGGAGCAACGAAUACCAUUUUUACUGAGUUCGAUUUUAGACUUCAAACAUUAUCUACCCAGUGGUGAUCCGAUGAAGAUUGUAAGCGAAAUGACUUCGGCAGCUGGUUUAAGCUGCAAAGUAGAUCCUUUAUUACUAUCUACACUAAGAUUGCAAAAAAUUCAAUUCGAGUCCGAUACUGAACAUCUCCUUGUAUGUUUGCUCAUGGUGUUUGUCGCUGUUUCGAUACCAAGACUCGCAAGACUAGAACAGUCGUUUUACAGGCCAUCCUUGGAAGGACAUACAAACAAUAUCCAUUGUAUGGCGUUGGCAGUAAACCAUAUUUUCGCGGUUCUUUUUACAUUAUGUGGCCAAAGCGACAUCGAACAGCGAAUGAAAGAAUUUUUAGCUUUGGCUUCUUCGAGUUUGCUACGAUUGGGCCAGGAAGCCGACAAAGACGCUGUAAAAAAUAGGGAAUCUGUAUAUUUGCUUUUGGAUGAAAUCGUCCAAGAAUCGCCUUUUUUAACUAUGGACUUGCUGGAAUCGUGCUUUCCUUAUGCACUGAUCCGCAAUGCUUAUCACGACGUAUAUAAACUUGAGCAAAACAUGUAAAUUUUUAAUAUUUGGGAAAAUUGGAUGAUUUUCAGUUCAAGGAAAGCUGAAAAUACGUUUUAACAGUUCUAGAAUUGCAUUAUAUCUGAGAUUUUUAUUGAUUGGAUGUCGAAAAUGGAUUAAAAUUUGAUUUGUCCUUAAUUUUUAUUAUUAUUUUUAUUAUUGAUUAUAGUAUUUUAGUUACAAUUCACCACCUGCUGUGUUUAAGCUUGAACGAUGCAGGGUGAUUCGUCGUAGUGAACACUUUUAAGAAGUUUUUCUUGAGCUUAUUCGAAGCUUAUCGAAAAACGUUCUUAUAAAUAUUUGCCAAAUUUCGAUCAUCGUGUUUGCUUUAAAUUAUAUACUUUUAAUUAAAAAAUUGUCCGGAAGGACUCUAUGGAAUGUACUUUGUAACUUUUAAAACACAAAGCUUGUUCAAAUUAAAGUAAGUACAAAUAUGUUUCAAUGUAUCUAAGUAUAUAUUUCUAGGUUAAGGCUAUUUAUUUUGUAGGCAACAGAAGUCUUAUAGAAUAGAAUAAUUUUUUAUUAAUUUACUACUAUUUGAAGCAUGAUAUUUGAUCACAUUUCAGUAUGUAAAAAUUCAUAUUUAAGAUGAGAUGACUUAAACUUGCAAAAAUUCAAUAAAAUGACAAAUUUAUCAUCGCAGAACUAAGAAAUCAGGUGAACAUUAUGAUAAUCGAAAAUAAACAGUUGGUUAGGCUAGGAAAUAAGGAAUAACAAGUAGAAAUUCGUAUAAAAACAACUAUUUAAUUUCCCUUAUUUACAUAAAUAUUGUUUUUACAAUACCAGAUACGGAGAAUAGCAUCAAAUAUAUUAUAUUGAUACACUAAACUUCUAUGGGAUGAAGACAAAUAGUUUGAAAAUCUUAUUUUUUGCUUUUUGAGUAAUUAUCACAUUUUCAAAAAAUGUUAACAAUAGUACAUACAAUUUUCACCCAUUACAAAAAUACCGUUUUCGCAAAGAAAAUAUUUCGUUUUUAAAAUUAAUGAGAUCUGUAAAGAAUCUGCACAUUUUUUAUAUAGAUAUUUGUCGCAAGUUGAUAAUAUAAAUAUACAUAAAAUGCUUUCAUUGAAAAAUUUUACAGUGGCCAGUCCCGAAUUUCCGUGUCUCAAAAUCUGUAAUCUUGCGCGGAUUGUGUUUGUUUGUUGUGCGCCUGUUUUUGCAGGAACUUCGAAGGAAUGAAUCAAAAAGUGUCGAAUUAACAAAAGUCAAUUUAAAUCAAUAUUUGAAGAACAUUAGCAUAAUAAAUUUUGAGUUGCUUUCAUGUUGCAUUUGCAUUCCACUGACGCGUUAUUAAAAAACAAUUGUUUUACCCUUAAUAUAAGAAAAUCUUUUAAUAGACAGAUAAAUAGUAUAUCUUAAAUAAAAUUUGACUUUGGCUUUGAAAGUACAGCAAAUAUUGAGCAAUAUUUCAACAAAUGGAAACAUGGAUUUAUACUCUUUUUAAAACUACCAUGUAAUUAUUGGGGAAUUAUUGGAAUUAUGCUGAAAAAUAUCAAAUUAUGCAAUUCAUUCAAAGCAGAAAAAAACUCCAUUAAUCUCGCCAAAAACGGAUCUUUCAAAGGUGUAUGUAGGGAAACCGAAGAAAAUAUAAUCGGUUAAAACUGAAGAGAAAUAGUGUUUUUCUUUGGCCACUGCAAAAUACAAUGCCAUGUGGUUAAACGUACCAACACGAAAGGAAGUAUUUGCAUAUAUAAAUGAUAGUUAAAGAAUUUACAUUGGUCUUAAAGUCAGAAUAUAUAAUAUAUGAGGUACAGGGCGCUUUUCUGAUAAUAUAGUUGUUUACAUUUGUUAUAAUCACAAAACAGCCUGCAAUUUAAAAUAAAGUUAUAUGCUUACUAUAAAACAACUAGAGCGUCCAAUAAUACUUUAACUGUCCAUGUACUUUAUGUGGAAUUUGAGUUACUCAAUAAAAGAAGUAAUAAAAUA